UUUGACUUGAGUCUCAAACCUUCAAAUGUUUUCUCCUUAGACUCAACAGGGAAAUGUGGGCCUCCUCCACCUAUUGACAAUGGAGACAUCACCUCCUUGUCAUUACCAGUAUAUGAACCAUUCUCAUCAGUUGACUAUCAAUGCCAGAAGUAUUAUCUCCUUAAGGGAAAGAAGACAAUAACAUGUAGAAAUGGAAAGUGGUCUGAGCCACCAACCUGCUUACAUGCAUGUAUAAUACCAGAAAACAUUAUGGAAGCACACAAAAUAAUUCUCAAAUGGAGACACACUGAAAAUAUUUAUUCCCAUUCAGGGGAGGAUAUUGAAUUUGAAUGUAAAUAUGGAUAUCAUAAAGCAAGAGGAUCACCGCCAUUUCGUACAAAGUGCAUUAAUGGCACCAUCAAUUAUCCCACUUGUGNAUAAAAUCAUAAUACAUUUAUUAGUUGAUAUUAUUGUUUAGAAAUGCACAAACAUGUCACUAAUAUACUUUCAAUUUGCAUUUGAAAUAUUGUUUAACUCAUGUCUUCUCAUAAAUAUAAACAUUUUGUUAUAUGGUGAUUAAUUUUUAACUUUAAAGAUGAUUGCCAAAAUGCAAAUGCAGUACAUUCAAAACUCCUAAUCCAAACCAUUAUAUGUCCAAGGACAAACUCAAACAAGAAAAUUUGAUGUAUGUUUUUCAGCAUUGCUUUUCUAUUCAGAACUUCCUCAGAUUUUCCUAGAUAUCUUUUGAUGUAACAUUUUGAUUUAUAGUUAAUAAAAGAUAUAUUGACUCAUUCUUCAAAUUAAUAUGAUUCCCCAAAGCAUGUAACAACCAAACUAUCAUAUAUUAUAUCACUAAUGCAUAUAAUUAAUUACUAUAUAAUACUUUCAAAUAAAAGAAUCUAAGAAACUUC